AUGAGUUACUUCUUAAAAUAUGUCGAAAUCGAUAAUUUUAAAUCAUAUAAAGGUCAUAUUGUUAUCGGUCCAUUAAGAAAAUUUACUGCUAUUAUCGGACCAAAUGGAUCUGGUAAAUCAAAUCUUAUGGAUGCCAUUAGUUUUGUUCUUGGUGAACCAACAAAAAGUUUACGUGUUAGAAAAUUAUCCGAAUUAAUUCAUGGUGCACCAAUAAAUAAACCUGUUAGUAAUCGUGCAUCAGUUUCAUUAAUAUUUGUUUCAAUACAAACUGACCGUCAUGGUGAACUUGAUGAACAUGAAAAACGUUUUCAACGUUUAAUUAUUGGUAAUGCAUCAGAAUAUCGUGUUGAUGGUCAACAAUUAUCGGCAACUGAAUAUACUGAAGAACUUGAAAAUAUGGGUAUUAUACCUAAAGCAAAAAAUUUUCUUAUUUUUCAAGGACAAGUUGAAUCAAUUGCUAUGAAAACACCAAAAGAAUUUACGGCUAUAUUUGAAGAAUUAAGUCGUAGUGGAGAAUUACGUGAUGAAUAUGAACAAGCUAAACAAGAAAAAAAUAAAGCUGAACAAGAUACACAUGCAAAUUUUCAAAAGAAAAAAGGUGUUGAAAAACAAAAGAAAGAAGUUCGAUUAGAAAAAGAAGUGGCACAAAAAUAUGCUGCAUUAAAAACUCAAUAUGAUGAACAACAAUUACAAUUAAAAUUAUUUCAAUUAUAUCAUAAUAAACAAGAAUUAAUUGAAAAACGUGAAAUAGCUGAAAAGAAAAAAGAUGAAGUUAUGAAAUUAGAAAAACGAAAAGAAAUAUCUGAUGAAGAAAUAAAAAAUAAAAAAAAAGAAUUAGCUAUUUAUAAUAAAGAACUUGCAACUGAUGAACAAAAAAUUAAAGAACUAGAAGCACAAAUUAAUAAAAAUCGUCCAACAUAUAUUAAAGCAAAAGAAAAUUCAGUGCAUCACCAAAAAAAACUUGAUCUAGCAAAAAAAACUCUUCUUGCUGCUGAAAAAACUCAUGCCGCUCAUGAUGAAGAAAUCGAAAAAUAUGAAGCUGAUUUACGUGAAGUUGAAAGAUUACAAAAAGAAUAUGAAGAUAAAUUACAAGAUGAAUCACAAAGUAGUGGUCGUAAUUUAGCACUUGAAGAAAAUCAAAUGAAAGAAUAUCGAUAUUUAAAAGAAGAAGCAUCGAAAAAAAUGACACAAUUUUCUGAAGAAUAUGAUUCUAUUGAUCGUCAACAACAAGUUGAUAAAACCAAUCUUGAACAAGAACAACGAAGUCAAAAAGAUCAUAUUGCACGAAUCAAACAAACAGACUUACGUAUUGAAGAAUUAAAUGGAAAAAUUGAUAAAUUAGCUGGUUAUAUAACUGAUCUUGAACGAGAACUUAGUGAUAAACAAUCGAGUGCACAAUUAUUAGAACGAGAAGUAACCGAUGGUCGAAGACGUUGUACUGAGCUUGAAGAAGAACUUGAUCAAGUUAAUAAAGAAAUUGGUGAAGCUCGUUCUGAUCGAAAUGAAACAAGUCGUGCACAACGACGUGCAGAACUUAUUGAAAAUCUUAAACAAUUUCCAGGCGUACUUAAUGAAAUUUCAUUACCAUUUCGUGGUAAUGCUGGUUCAAUGGCAGCUAUAUCACUUGCUGAAACAUCUACAUCCGAUGAUGUAAAUACUCAAACUCAAGGUAACUCAUUAACAACAACAACAGAUUCAUCAACAAUAUCAAAUGGUGAUGGUAAUUAUUCAAGUCAAUAUGAUACAAAACAAAUCUAUGAUAUGGAAGAUAAAUUUGAAUUAAAUUAUAAACGUUUACGUGAUGAUUUAAAAAAAAUUAAUUAUGAACAAGUUGAUAAAGAAGAAAAAUUAUUAAUUAAACAAAUGUCUGAUAUUGAAAUACAAUUACAAAAACAUUUACCACAAACAUCAGCUAUAGAUGCACGUUCACGUGAAGUUAAAACAACAUUUGAAUUAACAAAUGCAGAAUUUGAACGUGCACGUAAUGCAGCUAAACGUGCACGACAAGCAUUUGAAAAAAUAAAAAAAGAACGUUAUGAUCGUUUUAAUGCACUUUAUGAACAUGUUUCAACAUGUAUUGAUGAUAUUUAUAAAUCUUUAACAAAUUCACAAGCUGCUGUUGCUUGUUUAACAGCUGAAGAUGCUGAAGAACCUUAUCGUGGUGGUAUAACAUAUAAUUGUGUUGCACCUGGAAAACGUUUUCAAGCUAUGGAAAAUUUAUCAGGUGGUGAAAAAACUGUUGCAGCUAUUUGUCUUCUAUUUGCUUUACGAAGUUUUAAACCAGCUCCAUUCUUUUUACUUGAUGAAGUUGAUGCUGCUCUUGAUAAUACAAAUAUUGGUAAAGUAGCUGAUUUUAUUCGUGAACAAUCUGCAUCAGAAUUUCAAUGUAUUGUUAUAUCACUUAAAGAACAAUUUUAUUCACGUGCUGAUGCACUUGUUGGUAUCUAUCCGGAGCCCGGCGAUUGUAUUACUAGUCAUUGUCUUACAUUAGAUUUAAAUCAAUUUGAUGAACGAGAAAAUAUUGCCAAUACACGUGGUUAA